CAGCAUUCACCAUGGAGGAGGAGGACGGAUAUCACUGUCCCUCACAAACGGAACCUGAAAUUGAGCGGAGAACUCACAAGGAGUGGCCGUGGCCCUCGGUCGAGAUGCUUUCUAAGUAUCGUCAAGACGAACUACUCGACGCGAACGACUGGCACUACCUCGCCGAGGGGGGAAAGAGUCUCCUCGUUCGAUACAUGGGCCCGCAGACAUGCAAGGACCCAAAGACGGGCCAAGACACGCCAGUACCUUGGACCAGUCCUGACGGAAGACGAGCACUCGCUUUGCGGAUGGACAAGCGCAAGAGGAGAGGACCACCACCGGCGGUGCAAAAGCUUAAGGUCAAUGUGCAGCAUGAGUUCACAGAGACCUCUUGUCCUCCCUCUGCUGACAGUCGGUUGGAAUGGCCAGCCACAGAACGCUACGCUUUCGAGACGACUGUCAUCACCAACUUUCUGCGCGGUCUCUCUUCCGGGUCUGGCACACCCGCUUCCCCAUCCUCGUCCCAAUCAGACGGAGAGACCACCGGCGAACAGUGGGAAUGCUCAGAAGCACCACCUUAUCUCUCUCCACUGCUACCGUACAAUAGACGCUUGGUAUGUCGCUGGCACGGAAGGAAGCGACUAGCAUUUCUUGAGGCCAUCGCGAAUGCGGCUGAGCCUCACCGCCCUUCUCAUCGUCGCGAGAUGGAUGAGAUCGAUAUCGACUGCCCAGAUGCGCUCGAUGUCAUCGAGGACCUCUCUUGGACACCGAGGGAUGGUGUAGAUCAAGAUGUCCUCUGCGUCGAGAUCAAGCCAAAAUGGCUCUUUGAGCCCGGUGAUGACGAAGUGUCAUCAGGGAAAGACGACAGCCGUCCCAUCUCACGUUACCGCAAACACGCCAUCCUCAAAGCAGACGGUGCCCUCACUCCUCAAGAGGUAGACGACCUCUACGAGCCAUUGGACCUAGCGUCAGCUGACCCUCCGCGGGUACGCAGAGCUCUUCAAGGUCUAGUCCGCAACUGGCAGAAAGGCGGCAACAAUCUCCGCCUCUUCUGUCGAGGGGCACAGCAACCCGCCCGUGCUAGCAGCGGCGUAGAGGGGAACAACCCUUUGGCCAACGCUCUGGAACGACUCAUCAACGCACAAAAAGGGAGCAGUAAUCUCUCUCUUACCACAGACGCGGCCGACUUGGUCACUCCUGCUCUUCUUCCCGCACUGCUCAGCCCUCGAUUUCAGGCUCUCGUUGCUCGGCUUGGCUUCCUGCAGCGUAGCCUCGUCCCUGGCCCGAGAGGGGAUCUUGCCCACCUCAAGGCGCUCUGGGAUAUGUCUAGCGAAAAGAAGGGGAGAAAGCUUGAGGACGCUACGCUCACAGGGGACAAGAAGGACGAGCCGAUGUUUUUCGAUCCCUCGAUGCACGACUGGAACGACUUUCUGACGUAUUGGUUCUCCAAGGAGGAUCCUAGUCAGAGAAGCGAGGAUUGGGCCGCAAGCACUACGACGCCGGCUCCCGCUCGGGACACGAAGCGCGCCCGCGGCGGCGAGGCGAGUGGUGGGGGCAAUCACAGCCGCAGCAGCGACAUUGUCACGCCACCAACGUGGAAAGAGAUGCGCCACGCUCUCAUCGGCACCCUGCUCUCAGGCACCUUCAAGGACGCCAGCAUCUGGAUCCGAAUACCCAUGCCGUCAUCAGCAGAGCUGCAAUCACAAUCUGCGAAUGAAGGCCACCCUGGUUACGUGGACGGGAGGAGCAUCCAUCUGAUCGAUGUCGACCCGAAGCCGAUGAAGAAGCUGUCGCAUUGGCUACAGCUGGAUGAUGAUAUCGAGCGCUCGUAUCGCGAGUGGAAGGCGAAGCAUGCGAUUCAAGAGGUAGAGGGGUCAGACAAACGCAGCAGAACGGACUGACGGCACUGAGUCCGCGAAGGAGAGGGAAAGUACGAUGGUUACGAUGGCUGAACAACGAAUGCGCACGUCAAGCGCGCGAGCUCCUGCUACUUUUAGAGCUAGGCUUAUUUACAUCCUGACACCAACAGUGGCGCCAAUAUACCCCUUUGACCCCUUCUCUCGCCGCAUUACGACGGUCGCCACUCAUUCAUGCCCGCAUAGUCAUCGCCCGUAUCGCCCAUGGCCUCCAGAUUGGCCAGCAGCGCCUUUUGGCUGAUGCCACCGCGCUUCCCGCCCGCAGCAGCCGCCGCCUGCUCAAGCAAGCUCUGCGCUUGCUCCUUCUUCCCACCAGCACCCCCUCCUCCGGCUCCUCCGAAGAGGUCGAGCACCUGAUCCGUCGCCAUACUCUCCAGAUCCUUAUUCUGCUGACCCACGACUGUGUUGGCUACGUUCAACUUGAACUGCUGAAGACCCAUGAUCCUCGCCUCGAGGGUGUCCCUC